CAAAAGAUAUAAAGGCGGAAGUGAACAGUAAGUACCAAUCUGGCGGAUCUGGAAGUAGUGUAAAAAAUAUUAUCAUGCAAUAGAGGGGACGGGGGAGAGAGAGUGUUUUGUUCUGACCGUCUUGUUCAUUUCACAGCCCCCAAUCCAUAUCAUUAUCGUCGACAGUAACUAAAACAACAAAAAUCCUUCUCAUUCACAUGUGAAUCGAUCGAUAACAUUUGGUAAUCAGUGCGAACAAAGCCAAAAGUAGUACAUAUAUAUAUAUUUAUACACACACACAUACACAUAUUUGUUAUAAGAUUAGAGUAAAUCGAUAAUGGAAGAAGAUCCGGGAAAUGGAAAUCCAAGCAGUAACAAAGGAGGUUCCAAUGCUGGUAGCAGCAAAUCAUCUCACCGGCGAGCUCAAUCGGAAGUUCACUUCCGGCUGCCGGACGACCUAGAUCUGAGCUCGGAUCCGUUCGAUGCACCUUCAGGAAGUUUCGAAGACAUCGGAUCUGAAGACGAUCUAUUCUGCACUUACAUGGACAUGGAGAAACUCGGCGGCGCUGCCAGAUCUAGUUUAAUGCUCAACAACAUAGACGAUUCACCUGCCUUCAGUUUAGGUAACAAUAACAACAAUGCUGGAGGCGGUGAAGGAGAAAAAUGUAGCAGCAGCAGCAACAACAUUACCAGGCCGCGCCAUCGGUAUAGCAAUUCGGUGGAUAGUACAACAAACAGUAGCAGUGCUCUUCUUUUCAAUACUGCUAAUCCCAAUCCUACCGAAAGUAUUGAGGCUAAGAAAGCUAUGGCUCCUGACAAGCUUGCCGAAUUGUGGAACUUAGAUCCCAAGCGCGCCAAGAGGAUCUUGGCAAAUCGUCAGUCUGCUGCUCGUUCAAAAGAGAGGAAGGCACGCUACAUAUCUGAGCUUGAGAGAAAAGCCCAAACCCUUCAAACAGAAGCUACCACACUUUCUGCGCAGCUCACACUUUUUCAGAGAGACACAACAGGUUUGACAAAUGAAAAUACAGAGCUUAAGCUCCGGUUGCAAGCCAUGGAACAACAAGCUCAACUACGUGAUGCUUUGAAUGAUGCACUGAAGCAAGAAGUGGAAAGGCUCAGAGUUGCCACCGGAGAGAUGUCAACUCAUUCAGAUGCAUAUGAGUUGGGAAUUCCUCAUGUCCCCUAUUACCAGUCUGCCUUUUCUCCUCACCAUCCACAACCAGGGUCAGGUGGUCCUCUAAAUGGACAAUUGUCUCGAUUCUAUUCCAUUCAGUCUAGCAUGUCAAAUCAGCAGCAACACCCUGUGCUUUCAGCUGCUGCAAAUGCGCAGGUUCUCUCUGAGACGUUACAGCAGGAUCCCCUUGGCCGUUUUCAGGGACUUGAUAUCAGCAACAGGGGUUCUCAUCUCGUGAAGUCUGAAGGACCUUCUGUUUCUGCAAGUGAAAGCAGUAGUACAUUUUAAUUCACAUAUUUUGUUCCACUUUUUUAGUCGGAGUGUUCAUAAACUGACACCUCGUUAGUUUCCACUUUCUAGUAUUUGGAUUCUUAGAACAGACAAAUUUGAUUGGUGUCUUGAUUUUCAGAGGUAUAAUAUUUCUUGUCAUGUUUGUUGCCAUUGUUUUCGUGGUUAACAGUCUCUUAUUGAAUUGAAUCACAUUAAGAUUUGUUUCCUAGAGCAGCGGUGUGGUGUAGGAAUUGUGUUCGUGUUUCAAGUUGGUGGGAUUUCUAUCAUUGUAAUAGACUAGUUAUUCCUCUUCAUUGGUUAAACUCUAACUUCUUUCAAGUUUUUACUUCAUUUAUUUUAUUCUAUUUUUGGAA